AUGGCAGGAAUUCCACCACCAAACAGGAAUCCCGAAAUCAAGCACAACAAAAUUUUCAUUAACAAUCAAUUUGUAAGCUCGCAUAGUAACAAAGCCUAUCCAGUUUACAACCCUUGCGACAAUGAAAAAGUCUGUGAUGUUCAAGAAGGUGACAAAAAUGACAUCGACAAAGCUGUGCAAGCAUGCAAAGCAGCCUUCAAACGUGGUACUCCCUGGCGUCGAAUGGAAAUAGAAGUUUAUGGGGAUUUUUUUUGCUAUACCAGAUAUGAACCUGUUGGCAUCUGUGGUCUCCUCAUUCCUUGGAAUUAUCCAAUGUUGAUGAUGACUUGGAAGAUGGCUCCUGCUCUUGCCUGUGGUAAUUGCAUGAUUGUGAAACCAGCCGAACAAACACCCCUAACUGCGCUUUACUGUGCUUCACUCAUUAAGGAGGCCGGCUUUCCACCAGGCGUUGUAAAUGUUGUUCCUGGUUAUGGCAAAAUCUGUGGACAGUAUAUCUCUAAUCACCCCGAGAUUAACAAAGUCUCUUUCACAGGUUCAACUGAGAUUGGAAUGCAUAUCAUGCAAGACGCGGGAAAGAGCAACUUGAAAAGAUGUUCUUUGGAACUGAGCGGGAAAUGCCCCUUAGUUGUCUUUGAAGAUACGGAUCUUGAUUUUGCAGUACAGCAAGCCCAUGAAGCAGCUUUUCAGAAUAUGGGCCAAUGUCGUUGGUCCGGGUGCCGUACUUAUGUUCAUGAAAGUAUCUACGAUGAAUUCGUAAAACGUGCUGUUGAAAAAGCCACUAGCAGGAAAACUGGAGAUCCUUAUGAAAUGGACACUGAACACGGACCCCAGAUCGACGAGGAACAAUACAAUAAGAUAAUGGAAUUCAUAAAAACUGGCAAGGAAGAAGGAGCGCAGUUGAAGUGUGGUGGAAACCGCUUUGGGGACAAAGGCUUCUACAUUGAGCCAACCGUCUUCUCCGAAGUGUCUGACAAUAUGAAAAUUGCCCAAGAAGAAAUUUUCGGUCCUGUCCAAUUGAUCAUGAGAUUCCGUGAUAUGGAUGAAAUCAUUGAUAGAUGUAACAACACUGAGUAUGGAAUGGCUGCUGCCAUCUUUACUAAUGAUAUCAACAGAUCCAUGACAUUUACUCAUGCCAUGUACUGCGGAACAGUUUGGGUGAAUACAUACAAUCAUUGGUUCCCUCAAGCUCCAUUCGGAGGUUAUAAGAAAUCUGGCAUUUACCGAGAAAUGGGCAAGUAUGCAUUGCGGGAAUAUACUGAAGUCAAAAAUAUUGUCUACAGGAUUCCCCAAAAGAAUUCUUAA